UAUUAUCAAAAUGUAUUCAUCUUAAGUUUAUCACAUAAUCAGUGACAAAUUUCAUUCCCUAUACAUGUCAAAUAUUCAUGCAGCUGAACAUCUUAAUCUAUUACGAUCUAAAAACUUAAGGACCAUUAUUUGUGUAGAUAAGAGUCCCUCUGUACAUUAUACUGAUUUUGCACGAUAUUAUGUAAUUAUGUCAUUCAUAUUUAUUAGUAAGUAUUUUUACAAGACAAUAAAUCAACAAAAUAACUUAAAAAUAUAUGUGAAUUGAUCUAGAAUGGAUUAAAAUUAUCCUCAAUUCUUGUAGUCUGUAAUAACGGAUUGUAAGGAGCACCAACUAUAAUAAUAGCAUAUCUCAUUAGUAGAGGAUGGAAAUACGAAAAAGCAUUUUAUUAUGUCAAAGAAAAACAUAAUAUCAUAAAUCCAAGUGUUUAAUCAAAAAAACAAUUGAUUGAAUUUUAUGAAUCGAUCUCUAAUUAAUAACCUAAAGAAGAAGAGUUUACUAGAUUUACAUAGGUUCUUAAAGAAAUGUGGGAAUAAUAAAAUUAUUAUGAAGGUUCACCUUGCUUUUAACCUCUUACUGACUCUUUUCAAGAUGACGGCACCAAAACACCUGGUUUUGUUUCACCUACUAAUGUUAUUAAAAUACGUAAUUCAAUGAGAAAACCAUCCAUUCGUAAAAGUAGUAUGAUUAGAAGUGCUUCUUGUAAUCAAAAAAAUGAUUCAAAUGUAUAUUAUGAACUUUAAUAUAUAUAUUAGCUUAAUUAUUCAUUCCAUUUAGAUGAAAUAAAUGAAUUUGAUUAAGAAUAAAAAUUAGAAAUUAUGUCUCCAUAAUUCUUGUAAGUUCAAGAAAUAUCUGAAGAUCAAGAAGAAGAAUUAGUUAAAUUAAGACCUAGAAGACGUGUUAUUAGAAAUAGAAGUGCAAAUCAAAAUAUCUGA